GAAACAUCCGAUUUUCACAGACCCUAGGCUCUUCCCCAAACCCCAAAUCUCCAUUGCUAUCACACAAUGGAUCUGGAGAUUGUUGGUCGUCACGCUCUUUUUUUCGACGACGAUUCGAUGGCAACGUUUGUCAACUCUCCGACGGCGCUCGUUGACUGGAACAGCCUCUUUAUUGACCGCUACGAUGUUCGUCAUCUCCUCUCUUCUCCUCCUCCUCCACGUAUCAAACGCCGUCUUCCGAAUUCAAACGAUGCUGACUUGGAAUCGGAGCUCGAUCACGAGCGUUAUCUUGAUUUGCCGUCGGAAUCUCCAUCUCCUUCGGAUGAUGAGAACGAUAUGAAUGAUGUUUCAGCAAAUACAAAUGGCGAUGGUUAUCGCGCUGUUCCCUUUGCAUACGGAAGCUCCAGUGAUGUCAGUGGCCAGAAAGAUGCUGAUAUGGAAUCUGGAUUUCAGCCGCCUUUCCCCGUGCCUGAUUAUUUACUUCAAAACCUGAUGCUCGGAGAAGAGAUGGAGUUGUCAUUCACAUGCACCUUGUUUCCUUUUGCUGCCAUGACAAGGGGCGGUGCAGUUCUGAUAUUUGCAAUUUAUGGUUCUCGAUACUUAUGUGAGCCUCCAACUGAGAAGCUACAUCAGAUCAUCACUAGAACUUCAAGCUUUGUUAGCAAACAUGGUGGGCAAACUGAAAUCGUCUUGAGAGUCAAACAAGGAGGCAACCCAACAUUUGGGUUCUUGAUGCCAGACCAUCAUCUUCACCCUUACUUUAGGUUUCUUGUUGACCAUCAAGAGCUUUUGACGGGAAAGUCUUCUGUAGAAGAGAAAAAGAAUGAAAGUGAGAAGGAUGGUGGAGCUUUGUCAUUGCUUGGUUCGGUUUAUGGGACUGUAGAAGAUGAAGAUGCUAACGAAGAGUCUGCAAAUGACUCUAAAACAAACGAGUCUGCCCAACGCGAUGAUAGUGUUAAGGUUUCUGAUUCCAAUGGACCUGAAGAUUCGGAAGGAGCUGCAAAGAUUGCCACAGAGAGAGAUGCAGCCUCCAAGCAUUCUCUGCCGUUGAAUGAUCAGUCUUCUUUCAUAAAAAGAAAUCCUUCUGUGAGCGCAGUAAAUGUUGUAGGAAGGAAGCAGAUCAAUACAGAAUAUACUGCUACAGAAAGACCUUUGACGUCUGAUAAGUCGCAUUCUUCUGCAAUGCUGGCACAACCCAAGCUUGAACUGCAGAUUGUGGAGCCGACUACUGAAAUGAAAAGAGUGAUUGAUAAGAUAGUAGACUUCAUCCAAAAGAACGGGAAAGAACUAGAGGCUACUCUUGUUGCACAGGAUGUGAAAAACGGGAUGUUUCCAUUCUUACGUCCAGCUAGCGUAUACCAUGCAUAUUAUCGGAAGGUUCUCCAAGAAGCCGAAGAGUUAAAAUCCUGUGACAAAGGAGUCAUUACCAGAAAGGAAGACUUGAAGCAAAAGAAGAUGGGCAAUGCUGUAAAAGAUGGCAAACAUGCGUUUGGGAGUAUUUUACCAGAUGAUUCUGCCAAGAAAGAGAAACUGAAAAUUGUUAGUGACAAACCAAAGGUCGAGUUGCACACCGAACCAUUCAAGCCUGUCCAACCACAGAUAAGGGUCAAUGUGGAUGCGAAUACUGCUGCUGCUAUUCUUCAGGCGGCUAGAAGAGGCAUAAGGAAUCCCCAGUUGGGGAUUCUAUCAGGCAAACCCAUGGAUGAGACUUCUCAGAGCCUUGGAAAUGAUGGAAGUUACCCAUCAUCUAAGUCCCCUGAUUUGGCCAAAUCUACAGGUUUGCUCUCUGGCUCGGCUGCUGCUAGUGAAACUGAUUCUUCUGAAGCAGGCUUGUGUAAGGAGCAGAAGUUGAAGGCAGAAAGAUUGAAACGUGCAAAAAUGUUUGUGGCCAUGUUAAAACCCGAUGCGGAGCCUGUGCAACAAGCUGAACCGUCGCGAAGCAUAUCAGUCGAACCGUUGGACUCUGGGAUUUCUGGAUUAGGUGCUAAUGCUGCCAAAGAAAGAGACAGUAGCUCGAUUCCAUCCGUAGCUGAGACAAAACUAGCAGAUGAUGGUAACAGUGAAAGACGAUCAAAGAGGAAUUACCGUUUGAGAUCACAGAGAGAUGAAGACGUUAAGAUGGAACAAGAAGAAGGAGAAGAGGAAGAGAGCAGCAUGGAUGAAGUUACAGAAGAAACCAAGACUGAUAAGAAGCAUUCAUCUAGUAGAAAACGGCAUAAUAGGCAUAAACAUAAGACACAAUACUCUUCCAAGGACAGACAUUCUCGGGACAAGCACAAGCAUGAGAGCUCCUCAGAUGAUGAGUAUCACAGUCGUUCGCGUCAUAGACACAGACACAGCAAAUCUUCAGAUAGGCAUGAGCUAUAUGAUUCUUCUGAUAACGAGGAUGAGCACCGACACAGAUCUAGUAAGCAUAGCAAAGAUGUUGAUUAUUCUAGGGACAAGCAUAGCCAUCAUCACAGAUCCAGGAAGCAUGAUAGGCAUCGUGAUUCAUCUGAUGAUGAACAUCAUCACCACCGACACAGAUCCAGUAGACGCAAGCACGAGGACUCUUCAGACGUUGAGCAUGGUCAUCGACACAAGUCUAGUAAACGUAUAAAAAAAGAUGAGAAAACACUGGAAGAGGAGUCUGUUUCAAAGUCAGAUCAGUCUGAUCUUAAAGCUUCUCCUGAAGAUAACAUCCAGUACCCGCAAAACGAACCAACUCAUGUUUCAGAUGAGCUAAGAGCCAAAAUCCGUGCCAUGUUAGCUGAUACCUUGGGAGAUGGUCGGUGAGUAUCUAAAGCAUAAAGGACAUUCAUAAAACAGAUGUUUCAGU